AUGAUGCGCACGGCCGUGCUGGUCCUCGGAUUUGCUUGCUCCUGUGCCCUUGCUGGGGACCUGUUCGAGGAAGUACGCGAUGGUGAAUUCCUCUCCCAGGCCGAUGUCCUCGUCGCGCAACUUGCCGAGCGCCUCGCCGCCCUCCCGCCAGAGCUCCGAUCCCCAUUUUCCCUCUGUAUGAAGAAGAAGGUGGUGGUCGAGAGGUUGGCCGAGUGUAUGACAGAAGCAAAUGCGGCCGCGACAACGCCUGCCGGAUCUGAGGCACCAACUACAAAGUUGCCAGGCGGGAAGUCCCCGAAACCCGGGACAAAGCUCUCCCCUGCCGAAAAAGCCCGGCUAGCCUUCCGGAAUCGCCUUCUUGCCCUUCGGUCGGAGAUGAAGUUGAAUGGAAAGAGAACAGCCAGCUUCCAAGAAGCCAUGGAGGGGUUGAAGCUCGAAUUGAACCCGGCGACGACGACCACUACGAGUACGACUACGGAAAAACCUACGACUUCGAGCACGACUACCACAACAACGACAACCACUACGACAACCACUACGACAACCACAACCACCAAAAAAAUGCCCGUGACCAAGAGGGCACAUUUUAAGGUCCGUUCCGCGUCCUCAAUGGCCGAUCUGAUGAAUGAGAACCGGAGAACAGCAUCGCCGGUGUCUAGCAUGAGCUCGUUAAUCCUCUCCUUCCUCCGCCCCAACGGGACAGCCCUAGAUGAGGAAAAGCUUCUCCAAAGACAUGAAGACCUCGCCGAAAAAGCCAAAGCCGCCAAGUCGCCAUCCCCCGGUACUAAAGCAGAAUUUUUCGAUGUCGGAUUUGGGCCCAAGGGGAAGAAGGAGGAACCGGCGAGCGUGCCAAUGGCCCGGGAGACGUAUGAUUUGAUCGCCGGGUUGGCUGGUCGUAAGAAGGAUGUCCCGAAGGAUCGAUCACUGACUCUGUUGAGCCCGAAGUUUGCCUCGGUUCUACCGGAAAGCGAUGAGAAGAAAGGCAUCCUAUCGCCCUCAAUCUUUGCGCUCUACGAGAACAGCAACGAGGAUCAGAUCCUCCCCAUCCCGAAGGUACUCCGGCAACUGGGACUCCAGGAGAAUGAGCAGCGACGGGUGAUGCAGGUGGCACUCGAGCUGGCCGGGGCUCGAAAGCUGGAGGAGCAGAAGAAGGGCGAAGAAGUACAGAGCGGGUAUCGGGCA